GUUGUUAGUCAUAAUAAGAUUUGUAAACAAAAAUCUUUCAUUUAUAAGUGUAAUUAUUGUUUAAAUUGGUUAAUUAAAUACUUUUAAAAUAUUUGUAAGCAUAUCCUAAGCUCAAUUAUGGAAAUCAAGUGUAGAUUCGGCGAGUUACCAUUUAAACAUGGAGAAAAGUUAUAUUGUUGCUCUAUUGAAAGCCAAUUAAUUCGUCAAAAUUCUGAAUUAAACUUCAUCGGAGAUCACGAACCUAGAAAAACAAAUGAUGACGUUCAUGGAAUAGAAUUUUCCGAAUGUACAGUAGCUAAAGUUCCUGCAGGCCUCACUAUGAGCUUUCCAAACUUGAAAAUGUUGGCAAUUAAAAACUCAAGACUAGAAAAAAUCUGCAAAGAUGAUUUAAUUGAGUACAAAAAUUUGGAAAAACUCAUUUGCUUCCAAAAUAAAAUUGAAUACCUGCCUGGAGAUUUGUUUGAGGGCUUUGAGCAUUUAGAAUGGAUUGAAUUUUGGGAGAAUAAGUUGGGAAUCAUUGAGCCAAAUAUUUUCGAUGAACUUGAUAACUUAAAAUAUUUAGACAUUGAAGGAAAUCCAGAUUUUGACAAGUGGUAUUCAUGCUACCCAUCUUACAACAGAAGCACAUCUUUAGAAGAGAUUAAGGAUCAAAUUUGCACACGAUUCCUAUCAAAUGAUCAAAAAACAAUAAAAACCUUUCUUAAAAAAGUCAAAGAUCCAAUUGACAUGCUUAAGAUUUUCAGUGAAAAGUCUCAUAAUUUUGCUAUGAAAUCUACAGUCCUUAAAGUUACUUUUGACAUUUUGGAAGAAACUGUGGAAUCCUCAAAGGCUGAAAAAUUAGAAAUGCAGAUUCAGUUUCAGCAGCAAAUUGAAGAAAUGAAUCGAAAACUUAAAACUGGACUCAUGGGCAAUAUCAAAAAUUUCAUUAAUGACGAAACCACAAAAGACUUUAAAGUUCAAGUUGAUGAGAAGGAAUUUAAUGUCCACAAGUUUCUGUUAGCAGCAAGAAGUCCAGUCUUAGCAGAAACUUUUAAAAAUAAUCCAGAAGUUGAAAACCUAAACUUAAUCGACAUUUCUGUGGACAUUUUUGAGCAGAUCCUCAACUUUAUUUACACUGAUGAACUUCCAGAUGAGAAUACAAACUUUCUGCAUCUCUUUGCAUCUGCUGGAAAGCUUAAAAUUGAGGAGCUUAAAAAUUUUGCAGCCACAAUGCUUUUAGAACAAAUCACUUCUGAAAACUCUUUCGACAUCUUCAAACUAAGCAACAAAUACAACCACAAUGAACUAAGAAUAAAAGCGUUUAACAAAAUCAGAAGCAAGUAUCCGAAAAUAAAGUUCAACGUCAAUUGGGAAGACGAUCCCGAAAAGGUCGAAGUGAUUGUUGAGAAAUUCAGGAAGAAGGAAGAAGCGAUAAAGAAGCUUGAAGAUGAAAUUCAGAUGAUUGAGGAAGACUUUGAAAAUGAGCUGACAUCGUUUAAUUAGAGGCAUUACAAAGGAAGGCUGAAGAACAAGACGUAUGCAUUUGAGAUCAGGAACUGAUGGAAUUUAAGCACUUCUUAUUAUUCAUGUAAAUUUAAACUAAACUAAUGCAUUACCAAAUCCUAAAAUAAAUUACAAAUUUUUAAUACGUCAA